AUGAGGGCAGCCCUACUGCUCUGCGCUGGCCUGCUGGUCGCAGCAUUAAGCACAGUGUCAGCUCAAGGGCCCCUUCGUGGCGAAGUGGCCUUUGCCGCCCCCGCCUCCCCGUCGCCGUCGCCGGACGCGGCCAGCGAUGCGGGCUGCGCGACACCCUGCUUUGUUGUCGAGGAUUACUACCCCUACAGGACCUGCAAGGCAGAGUGCAACCAGCAGAUCUGCUCCAGAAGCGUGGCGUUCCCUGAGGGGUGCAGCCAGCGGCCGUCAGAGUGCUGGGUGGUGGAGUCCUUCAACCUGAGGACCUGCAUCAGGGACGACCGCAAGUGCCUGCAGGGCUAUGGCGUAUACCCGAAUGAGCAGACGUGCUGCGCCCCAGGCGCCGCGUUCCCCGAGGGCUGCGCGACCAACCUGACCCAGAGCCCCGAGCCCUGCUGGGUGGUGGACGCAUACUACCCGGCCCGCACCUGCCGAGCCACCCGCACCGCCUGCGACACGCGCGGCCAGACGUGGCCGACAAGCGAGGCGUGCUGCGCUCCCCAGUCGGGCGCGUUUGGCGAGGGCUGCUCCACGUACGUCCCCAAGGCCCCCUGCUACGUGAUUGACAGCUACAACCCGGUGCGCAAGUGCCGCCUGGAGAACGACAUCGCGCGAUGCAGCAGGGGCUGGGGUGUCUUCCAGAGCGCCGAGGUCUGCUGCGCCCCCGGGGCCGCCUUCACAGAGGGCUGCACCCAGCCACCCUCCGACGAGGCCGCUGCCUCCGCCGCGGCGCCCCCCGCGCCUGCCGCCGCCGCCCCUGCUGCGCCUGCGGCCGCCGCCCCUGCUGCGCCCGAGGCGGCGGCCCCGGCCGCCCCCCCUCCUGCGGAGCCAGCGGCAGCCGCUGCCCCAGCCGUGCCGACACCCGCUCUUGCCGCCCCUGCGGCGCCGCCGGUGGAGCCUGUUCGCGUGCCACCGGCUCAGCCCGCCGCGGCGCCCGACGCGCUGCCGCCUUCUGCCGGCCGCCGCCGUUGA